UUGGGGCGGGUGAAAGGCGGCCCGGCAAGGCUUUCCCGCUCUCUGGCCCCGCCCCCUAUGAGGCUCGCGCGCUCGCCGCCGUUGCCGUGGGGAUUCAAUGGCCACAUUCUGCCUUCGGCUGCGCUUUGCAGCUGGUAGCCUCGGCAGACCUGGCGCCGGCGACAGUGGGAGGUCAUGGAGGUCUUAAGAAAGUCAGUCGCGGAGACCAGGGAGCGGACAAGCCUGGGCCGUUGCCGGCAUUUCUUUUGGCUGGGCGUCGUCUUCGACACGGUGGGCGCGACGGUACUGUUCACUGGGGUCUUCAUCGACCUGUUCUUCUACGACCUGCUGCUCUACCUGGGUUCCAUCAUCAUCUUCUUCAGCCUCCUCUGGUGGGUCUUCUGGUACACAGGCAACAUCGAACUGAUUCCUGACGAGGCCUUGGAGAGGCUCUACCACGUGCCCUCCGCCAUCGUGGUGAACGCGCUAAACCAGGCCGGCACCCCCAGCUUCACUUUCACCAUCCGCACCUUUUCCGCCAGCUUGGAGCAGCUCCGGGCCGGGCGGCGCCGCAGGAGGCUCCUCCAAAGGAUCCCUCGUCUUCUGAGUGUGACCCUCACACGCCGAGCAGAAAAACAGCUAGCAAAGGAGGACCAGGACAAAGGCGGAGUGAGAAAUGUCGAGGAGAAUGGCGAUGCUGAAGGCCUUGGCAGAGAGGAUCUGGGUCCGGAACAGGAAGAAGCCAAAAGUUCAGAAGGAGUUUGUGCCCCAGGCCCUGAUGCUGGUCCUCUGGGCCCCGAGGCUGGACCACCAGUAACCCCCGUGAUGCAGCUAGAGUUCACUCCAUCCCCCCUGGACCGGCCUCUGCCACCCACCAUUCUUGCCUCUGAGAGCCCGCCUGUGGUCCCCUUGUUCUCUACCAGUCAGCCUCCAGCUAUUGUCUAUUCUAAGAGCCUGUCUAUAGUUUCAUUGGCCUCUGUGAGCCAGCCUCCAAUCCCUCGUGCCUCUACAAGCCUGCCUGCUGUCCCCUUGUCCUUUCAAGGUCAGCCUAUGGACACCUUAGCCUCUGAGAUCCAGACCGCAGCCCCCGUGGUUUCACAGAGCCUCCCCCUGGUGCCUGUGGCCUCGCAGAACCACAGCCUGGCGCCUAUGGCCUCUCAGAUCUACCCCCUGGUGUCUGUGGCUGCACAGAGCCAUUUCCAGGUCCCCGUAGCCUCAGAGAGCGAUUUCCAGAAUCUUUCUCCCACCUCUCAGACUCAGCCUCCAGCUGUUCAGGCUGCCCAAGCCCAGGCUCUGGCUACUCAGGUCUUCCCCAACCAGCUUCUGCCAGCCCCAUUUUUUCAGAGCCAGUCUGUGGACCUGCAGGUCACUCUGGCUGUUCAAGACACCCUGCAUGACACCCAACAGACCCCCAAGAACAGUGCUUUAGUUCAAGAGAUUGCUCUCAGCCAGUGUUCACAAGCCCAGGAGCCCCCAGCUGGCCAGGAGCUAAGUCAGGAAGUCCCCGACACUGUGUCCCAGCUCCCCACAUUCUUGGCUCUAGCUACUGAGGCCCAGCAGUCAAUGCCGGAUGAAAGUGUGCACUGCCCUACGCCUGAGAAUUGUCACCUUAAUACAGAACCAGAUGCUCAGGCCUCUGCCAAGUAACUGUCUUGGGGGGAAUCUUCAUCUACAUUAUUUCUUGAUCAUUUCCAGGUAUAUGUUCUAGCCAUUUCCUCAACCCCUUCUGUUCAACAAAAUUAAGUUGGUGGAGGUGAAGUGGCUUUUUCCCUCAGGGAUUAGAUUUUUGAAACUUUGGUAGGUUUUUGAAACCCAGUUCCCUGAGCUUUAUAAGGUUUUACCUAAUCUACUAGAUACUAGUGUGAUCACUUUCUGUUAUUUCAGCCCAGCUAGGAGAGAGUGAAAUUACAUUUCUUCUUGGAGCUCUAAGAUAUGAGAAGGGAGGGGGACUGCAGUGUUUUUGAAACAAGAUGAUUUUAGGUGGUACAGGGACUCAGCAUUAAAUAGCAAUGAGCUCUCCUGUGGGAAAGUUAUUCUCUUUUCAGUUCUUCCUCAAUCUUUGUGAUUGAUUAUGUUAAAGAGAAUGUCCUUAGUUUGGGGAUCAGUGAUUUCUAAUACCUCUAAUGUUUUGAUAGGUAACAAGUGCCACUGUCCCCAGCUAGGAUUUAAUACCAUUUGUGUUAACAGAGUCAUUUCAGUGGAUAACCUUUAUUUAUGCCAAACAACACUGGUUUUUCUGUUUACAGUGGUGUUGGUUGCUUUUUGAAAUACAUUUAUUUAAGUAAAAAAACACUUGAGUCAACUUAAAAUUGUAUAAAUGAAUCAAAACAAUUUUGAAGUUUGGACAUUUUCUUAUUUGUACUAAAUCACUUGUGCUUUCUACUAAUCACAAGACCCUUUGUGCUAACCUGUUUGAUGAACUUUAUGGUUAAGGCUAUUGAAGAUGAAUUCUGCUUAACUUUCCAACUUCUUGACAAUAAGAAAGGUAGAAAAGACCAUGUGGCUGUCAAAAUUGGAGACCCUGUUUCUCGAACUCACCAAUGUUUCUAUAAAUUUAAGUGCCAACUUUAUAAAAGCACAAAUACUUACACUAGUCUCAUUUUGGAAACCUCAGACCAGCAGACUUGCUAGACUGCCUUUGCCAAGUAUACAUGUUUCAGGGCUAGGGAGAGUUUUCCAGCUUCAGAUAACAAAGUUAUUUAUUGCCAGAACUUUAAGCCAUAAUAAAUUAUGCCAUCCCAACUGAACUUUGUUAUAAAAUAAGUUU